GCUCCGCCCCCAAAACACAGCACUUACCCGAGACCGUACAGCAGUCUGACAACGCAGGCCCAGAACUGCGGGGUUUAUCCGCUAAACUGAAGACAUUUACAACUGGUAAUUUCCAGUGACCACAGGAAAGAAAGAUGAACGUGUUUGAUCGCAACAUCAACUUUGAUGCCCUCUUCAAAUUCUCUCAGAUCUCCCGCUCCACUCAGCAGCACCUGAAGAAUGUGUACGCCAGUUUAGCUGUGUGUAUGUUUGUGGCAGCAGCCGGAGCCUAUGUCCAUGUCGUCACAAGAAUUUUUCAGGGUGGGCUUCUCUCCAUGCUGGGGUCUCUGGCCAUGAUGGCUUGGCUUGCGAUGACUCCUCACAGCCCUCAGACUGAGAAGAAGAGACUGGGCAUCCUCGCCGGCUUUGCUUUCUGCACAGGUGUUGGACUCGGACCUGUGAUGGAUUAUGUCAUCACCAUCAACCCCAGUAUCAUCAUAACUGCGUUUCUGGCCACCUCUGUGAUCUUCACCUGCUUCACCCUGAGUGCCCUGUAUGCCCAGCGCCGGAGUUACCUGUUCCUGGGAGGAACGCUGAUGUCCGGACUCUCUAUUCUGCUGCUGCUCUCCUUCCUCAACAUAUUUGUUGGAUCAGUCAUGCUCUUUAAGGCUCACGUCUACAUUGGUCUUGCCAUCAUGUGCGGCUUUGUGCUGUUCGACACUCAGCUGAUCAUUGAGAAGGCAGAGAUGGGAGAUAAAGAUUACAUCUGGCAUUGUGUUGAUCUGUUCCUGGACUUUGUGACCAUCUUCAGAAAGCUCAUGGUCAUCCUCGCCAUGAAUGAGAAGGACAAGAAGAAGGAGAAGAAAUAGAGAGAUCUGAACAGAACAGAAAAAAAAAAUCUGUGAUUUGUUUGCGUCAGAAGUGAAUCUGACACAUUCAUCCUAACAGCUUCAUUCUGAAUUUGAUUCUGUUGAUUUUGUACUUUAUAUGAUAUGGUGUCUUAAUUUUGUUUAAAUUACAGAUUUAGGCUGUGUAGUAAAGUGAACAGAUGUGACCUGGGUUUAAUGUUUUGGCGGUUUGUACUUUGCUGAUUUUGAGUUAUUUUGGCAGUUUAGAGUUUUUGAGGCGGCCGGACGUAAAUGAAAUUAUUUUUUUUUCCCCUCUUCCUCCUUUCUUCCUUCUGACUCUGAUUAACACUUUAAUGUAAUUCCGUAUUUUUUUUUUUUUAGUCUGUACGAUAAGCAGAGCAUAGAGUGAGGUCUUAUUGUAAAUAUUGUGAAGAAUCUGACUGCAGUUCUAACUUUAAUAACUCAUUCGUGCUCAAUUUCUUUAAUUUACAUUUCUUUAAUUUUUAUUACUGCAGUACGAAGCCCCUCCUACUGAAAUCCAGCAAAUAUGAAGGUGGAUUUCUCUCUAUCGUUCUGUUUCAGUUUUAUUAUUAUUGCAGCUGCUGGACACGCCAAUAUUACAAAGUCCAGCACUCAGGCAGUGAGGGACGUGCUUAUCGUCACUGCUGGUAAAGGGUGAGGUAUCUAGGUUGUAUUUUAUUAAUGGACGUCCUACUGACUAACGAUAUUAAUAAAUAGUGCCACAGUUUGCUGAUCGCU